GAGCCGAUCCUGAGGAGGUGCCGGUCUCAAAGAAGGCCGCCAAGCAGAAGCAGCCAGGAAACGCUGGCAGUAAGCCUGAUGCAGCAGCAGAGGCCUCCAACACGAAGGCUUCUCCGGCUCGAAAGAAGCAGAAGAAAGGAGGCGCCAAUGCCGCAGCUGAAGCCGUCGCUUCGCAGGAGCAGGUGUCCAUGGACAGCAAGUCGAUAGGUGUAAACCUGACUGUGUUCGUGGACGGCGUGCCCUAUGAUUGGUCGGCAGAGAAACUGACCGAGUUCUUUCGCCAGAAGUGUGGUGAGGUGACCGAAGUGCGGGCACCCGUCUGGCAAGACUCCGGGCGUCUGAGAGGCUAUGCCCACGUGGUGCUCGGAAGCGGGAAGAGCCGAGACAAAGCACUCACACUGAACGGGACCAAAGUGGGCAAGAAG